UGCAUGUGUGCUGCUGUGGUAGCCCAGCCCACGCGGCUCUCGUCUCGUGCCGCGCCCAUGGAUCGGCGAACAAACCAAGCGGACGCGGCCGCCGCCGGAGCUGAGCGAGCCCAUCGUUCUCCGGCGAUGGCAGGCAAACCAUCGGUACAUGCCGCGCUUUCCGCGAGACGCAAAAGCUUCCCAGCUCGCCGCCCGCGCGCGUCCCAUCAUUCUCGCCACCCCCAAUCGCCCUAUAAAUGGCCGCGCCGCCAUCGCUGGUAGUCCAGCACCUCGUCGACUUCUUCCAGCUUCCAUAGCUAGCUAGCUCGGCUCGCCAUGGGCCACGCCGUCGCUCGCCGCCUCAUCCUCCUCCUCGUCUUCCUCCCCUGCUUCUUGCUGCCGCUCUCCGGCGCGCACGCCUUCCCGGCCUCGGCGCUGGAGGCGGAGGCUGUGGCGGCGCGCCACCACCGGCUCCGCAUUGCGCUCAACGCGACGGCGGUGCACGUGGGGAAGGCGCUCGAGGCCCUGUCGGGCGCCGCCGUCGCGCCGGCCUCCGCUGUGAUGACAACGCCGUUCUCGGCGGGCUCCUCCUCCUCCUCGCCCCUCGCCGCCGCCGCGCGCGACGACUGCGCGGAGCUGCUCGAGGACUCCCUCGACCUCCUUGCCGGCGCCGGUGAGCCCAGUGCCGCCCACGACGACGCGGUCACGUGGCUCUCCGCCGCGCUCACCAACCACGACACCUGCGCCGACAGCCUCAAUGAGGCCGGCAUCCCCCACGGCGCGGACGCCGCGCCCCACCUUGCCGCCGCCCGCGCCAUGGUCCGCGACUGCCUCACAAUGUACGCGGAGGCCGCGUCGGCGGCCAUGGCAACCAGCAACAAGGACGGCCUCGCCGGCGUCCCCGUCCGGAACGGCGGCGGGAAGAGCAAGAAGCAGAGGAAGAGAGGGAGAAGAAGAAGAAGAAGCCUCUUCCCGAGGUGGCUGUCGGCGAGGGACCGGAGGCUGCUGCUGGUCCCCGCGGCGCCAUUGGUGGAGAGCGCGGACAUGGUGGUGGCGAAGGACGGGACGGGGACGCACCGGACGAUCUCGGACGCGGUGAAGGCGGCGCCGGAGCGCAGCGGGCGGCGGACGGUGAUACACGUGAAGGCCGGGCGGUACGACGAGAACGUGAAGGUGGGGAGGAAGAAGACGAACCUGGUGUUCGUCGGCGACGGCAAGGGCGUCACUGUCGUGUCCGCCGGCCGCAGCGUCGCCGACAACUUCACCACGUUCCACACCGCCACCUUCGCGGCGUCGGGGAGCGGGUUCAUGAUGAGGGACAUGACGGUGGAGAACUGGGCGGGGCCGGAGAGGCACCAGGCGGUGGCGCUGCGCGUGAGCGCCGACCGCGCCGCCGUCUACCGGUGCAGCAUCAUCGGCUACCAGGACACCCUCUACGCCCACUCCAACCGCCACUUCUACCGCGACUGCGACGUCUACGGCACCGUCGACUUCGUCUUCGGCAACGCCGCCGCCGUCCUCCAGCGCUGCAACCUCUGGUCCCGCUCCCCUCUCCCCGGCCAGAAGAACACCGUCACCGCCCAGAACCGCCGCGAUCCCGGCCAAUCCACCGGCCUCGUCAUCCACGCCUGCCGCGUCGUCCCCUCGCCGCCGCCGCCGUCGACGGCGCCGGCCGUGGCGGCGCCAUUGGCGCCGACGUACCUGGGGAGGCCGUGGAAGCUGUACUCGAGGGUGGUGGUGAUGAUGUCGUACAUCGGCGGGCACGUGCCGCCGGAGGGGUGGCUGGCGUGGAACGCGACGUUCGCGCUCGACACGCUCUACUACGGGGAGUACAUGAACUACGGCCCCGGGGCCGGGGUCGCCGGGCGCGUGGCGUGGCCGGGCCACCGCGUCAUCAACGACAGCGCCGAGGCGGAGCGGUUCACGGUGGCGCGCUUCAUCUCCGGCGCGUCGUGGCUGCCGGCCACCGGCGUCUCCUUCCUCUCCGGCCUCUCGCUGUAGCUAGCUCAACCAUAUGCUGCAUGCGCAUAUAUAUAUAUACCUGUUGCGUUGGCAUGUGCACGCACGUACGUACUUGGGAUUAUAUUGAUUUGUUGUAGUAGAUUCGAAAUGGGAUGGAGCGAUUUGAUUUGCAUUCAGAAUUUGGAAUUUCGGUUUCACCGCGGCGAAUUUUGCGGUUACAUACAUCGCAUCGUUCUAGGCUUCUAGCGGUGUUUGUUA